GCAAUUUCAAGAACAGAAGUAACAGCAUGGCCAUCCGAAGGAUCAGCAGAGACAAUCGAAGUUUCAGGCCAUCAAGAAGCACAAGACCCAAUGACAGACAUGGCAACUCGAAUGAAAGCGUAUUUUGAUACAGCAAUCCAGGCAGCAACAACAUCAAUAAUGCAAAAUAUGCAACAGUUCAUAAAUCAGCAGGCUGAAACUCAGCAAGAAUGGAAUGCGCAACUUAUAGCAACGAUUAAUCAACGGCCUACCCAUGUUGAACAAACGAACCAGAGGGAUGAUGCACAUAAUGCUUUGGGUAUACAUCCCACAAGCCAACAAAAUGAGCAAGGAGCAACCAAUACACGGAGAGACACGGA